AUGUCUUUAGACGCUCCGUUAGACCUUCUAAAACUGAACCUCGACGAAAAAAUAUACGUCAAAUUGCGUGGCGCCAGAGAAUUAUCCGGCAUUCUACAAGCCUUUGACUCCCAUUGCAAUAUUGUUUUAAGUGAUGCUAUUGAAACCAAAUAUGAGUUGGUUGAUGGCGAACUAAAAUCGACCGAGAGAAACUCCGAAAUGCUUUUUGUUAGAGGUGAUAGUGUCACUCUUAUAACCACUGAAGAGUAA